AUGAAGAACAUUUUAGAGUUGUUUGCUCAGCUGUUUGAGUACUAUCUUACUGGAGCUUGCAGAAAUGGAGUAUUGUGGCAUGACAAGUUAUUUCAUCAAGCUUCUUUUGGAAAAGAAUAUGCACUGCCAUAUCAUGUUAUCGAGGGACUUGUUGCCCAUUUCAUGAGAUUUAUGGAGGAUUCAAGGAUCAUGCCUGCAAUUUGGCAUCAAUCACUACUGGCAUUUGUUCAAAGGUACAAGAAUGCACUCCAGAAAGAAGAUAAAGAGAACCUUAGAGAUGGUCUCGACUUCACAAUCUUGGUUCUCAGUAAGACCAUCGAGGAAGACCGAUUCGAUAUACCAAAAGUGCCCAUGGAGGAGGAUUACGGUUUUUACCUCGUUCCUUAA